CUUCUCUCCUGCCAUUUGUUUUUUACAUUACAAUAAUACAAUUUUAUAUAUACCCUUGGUAUCUGAGUAGUAAGGCAUGUUGAAUAGAAUUCGUUGCAUAUUGAGACAUAAGAUUGCAUUUUCAAUACAAGAAGGUUAACAUCUUUGAAAAACACUACCUAGACACAAUACCUACAAUUUGGAAAGAUAAUUCUACAAAACACCGAGUCUUCAUCUGGGUCAUUACCAAAUUGUUUAAAACAAAUAUACACCAAAGCGAUAUUUGAAAGACAAAUUAAACAGAUCUAAAGGAGUGUCCAACAAUGUCCCAUCUGGUUGAUGAUAGCGAAGCGGUUGUUGGAAAGGAGCCUAAUAAUAUCCAAGAGGACACAGACGGUUCCGUUAUUGACAAUUCCGAAGCCUCAGGCAGAGACUAUAAAGUUGAUCCGGAAUUUCUGAGAGAACAAAAUAUUCUAGCGUUGGAGUUGCUUAUCCUGUCCAUAGUGUUCAUUAUAUUUCUUUGCUUCCUCGGAAUUUUGAAGAAGCAUUUCUUGGCACGUGGCUGGUGUCUCUGGUGCCUCAGUGAGGGGGCUAAACUGAAGCACAUCGCUUCAUUGUCUAGCAUCGGAACUACUCAAUCAGAUUCUAACACAUUCCUGAAUCGGGUCUAUAGUACGGACGAUAUGCUUGCUGCAUGGGGAAGUGGGGCAUACAAUGAUGCUGUAAGGAGGAGCAUUGUAGCAUACAAUGAUGCUGCAAGGAGAAGCAUUGUAGCAUACAAUGAGUCUACGCAGUGGGACGGGGAAGAAAACGAUGAUACAAAAAACGAUGAUGAUGGGGAAAACAGUGAUUCUUCCAAAACAAUAAUUACAAACAACAAAGGAAUGAUGGGGAGACGUGUUUCGUUCUCUAUGGAUUUCGAUGUAGAUGGAGACAUAGACGUGCAGUCGAAAAAGGACAUCGAUCAAAACAGACCAAAUGACCUUGAAAUUAUCACUGAACAUGCCUAGUUGUAGACAUUAUAAACGGGGACAACCGCAGAAUUGUUUGAAAUGUUAAAUUUUAUUUCUCCAUGGAUAUCACGAUUAGUUUCAAUCAUUGAAAUAUGAAUAUGCUUUUAAGACCCUUGAUACAACUCCUAAAAACAGCAUCUCUGCAACAGUUACGCUUACGAAGAUCGAAAUAUUCACUUUUAUAAUCAAGACGUAGAAUAGUGUUAAUACUUUUUGAACUACCAUGAUGAAUUACAUCGUCAAU